GUGACCCCCCAGGGGAGCCAGGAUGGGAAGAGCCCCCGCGUCGGCUCGCACCCGAAGAAGAGGAAGCGGCAGAUGCUCCCCAAACCCCUCCUCAUCCCCCCCCUGCCGCCCCCCGAGGCGCAGCCCGGCCCUGGGGGCUGCUUCCGCAGCAACCUGCGCUCCCCGCUGCUGCUGAUGGACCGCCUGCUGCGGGACCUGCUGCAGUGCUCGCCCUACACCCCGCCGCCCAUGCUCAGCCCCAUCCGCCAGGGCUCGGGGCUCUACUUCAACGCCGUCUGCUCCUCCGCUGCUGCGGAGCCUCGUUGGCUCCUUGGCAGCGUGCUGGACAGGAUGGACCAAGACUUCGGGCUGUGCCUCAUGAAGGACGGCACCAAAAUCAGCAUUGAGCC